GACCGCGGGGAACGCGCCUCCGCGGGGGGGGUGGUGGAGCCACAGGAGUCGGAGCGCGGUCCGCGCGGACGCGGCCCCGGGGGAGCCGCAGAGCCCGGCGGGGCGGCCGUGGAGGAGACGGGGUCGCCGGCUCCCCUGCCCUCGCCGACAUGCACAACGACACCUUCUCGGAGCCGGGGCCCGCCAACGCGUCGUGCCCGGGGCCCGCGCUGGGCUGCCCCAACGCGUCGAGCCUGCCGCCGCCGCUGCCGCCGCCGCUGGCCGUGGCCGUGCCCGUCGUCUACGCGGUGAUCUGCGCGGUGGGGCUGGCUGGCAACUCCGCAGUGCUGUACGUGCUGCUGCGGGCGCCCCGCACGAAGACCGUCACCAACCUGUUCAUCCUCAACCUGGCCAUCGCCGACGAGCUCUUCACGCUCGUGCUGCCCGUCAACAUCGCCGACUUCCUGCUGCAGCGGUGGCCCUUCGGGGAGCUCAUGUGUAAGCUCAUCGUGGCCAUCGACCAGUACAACACGUUCUCCAGCCUCUACUUCCUCACGGUCAUGAGCGCCGACCGCUACCUGGUGGUGCUGGCCACGGCCGAGUCGCGCCGGGUGGCCGGCCGCACGUACCGCGCGGCGCGCGCCGUGAGCCUGGCCGUGUGGGGGCUCGUGACGCUGGUCGUGCUGCCCUUCGCCGUCUUCGCCCGGCUCGACGACGAGCAGGGCCGGCGCCAGUGCGUGCUGGUCUUCCCGCAGCCCGAGGCCUUCUGGUGGCGGGCGAGCCGCCUCUACACGCUGGUGCUCGGCUUCGCCAUCCCCGUGUCCGCCAUCUGCGUCCUCUACGGCGUCCUGCUGUGCAGGCUGCGCGCCAUGCGGCUGGACAGCCACGCCAAGGCCCUGGACCGCGCGAAGAAGCGGGUGACGCUCUUGGUGGUGGUGAUCCUGGCCGUGUGCCUCCUCUGCUGGACGCCCUACCACCUGAGCACCGUGGUGGCGCUCACCACCGACCUCCCGCAGACGCCGCUCGUCAUCGCGGCCUCCUACUUCAUCACCAGCCUGAGCUACGCCAACAGCUGCCUCAACCCCUUCCUCUACGCCUUCCUGGACGACAGCUUCCGCAGGAGCCUCCGCCAGCUGCUGGCCUGCCGCGCUGCCGCCUGA